UAUUGGUGGCAUAGCAGCAAGCUCUGUAAUUGGAGCAAUAUUAUUUCUUUCCACUACUUGGUUUUGUUUGCGAAGGAGGAAAAUGAAAAUGAGAUUUCAGGACGUGCUUAAAGAAACAUCGAAUACUAAAUCCUUUUAUGGUAACAUUUAAAUCAAUUAAACCUUUAUUUUUGUUCUAGCAGGUUUGUUUAAUCAAGAUAUCUUCCUCAUACACAUGUUACUUGUAAGUUGUAAUUUUGUAAGUUUUAUACCCCAAUUUGAAUUUCCUAUGUAGUUGUUAUUGUUGUUACCUGUUAUUUGACAACGGUGUUUGUUGUUAGCUAGACACGAUAUAUUUCCAGUAGCUCCUUUAGACUGAUAGAAGUAAAUUUCUAAAAGUGUUCCAUAGGUAAUGCUUAACUUCAGAAGUCAUUUUAUAUAUAUGUGUUUGCAGAUGAUAUGGAAGACAUUAGGAACAUAGAAUCGUUGCAAUAUGAGCUCAGCACUAUAAAACUUGCAACUGACAACUUCUCCCAGGAUAACAAACUUGGAAAGGGUGGAUUUGGCGUAGUCUAUAAGGGAAGGCUUGUUAAUGGGAAAGAAAUAGCUGUGAAGAGACUCUCAGAAUAUUCUGAACAGGGCACCUUAGAGUUCAAGAAUGAAGUUCUUUUAGUUGCAAAGCUCCAACAUCGAAACUUAGUUAAAUUACUGGGAUUCUGCUUAUCAGAAAAGGAAAAGAUACUGAUCUACGAGUACCUGCCUAAUUCAAGUCUUGAUCGCUUCUUAUAUGACCCACUGAAGCGUGCAUCAUUGGAUUGGAAAACAAGGUUUAGCAUUAUCACCGGAAUAGCAAGGGGGCUAUUAUAUCUACAUGAAGACUCGCGACUCAAGAUAAUACAUCGGGAUCUAAAAUCCAGUAACGUACUAAUUGAUGAGGCAAUGAAUCCAAAAAUUGCUGACUUUGGCCUUGCUAAGCUUUUCAGCGUGGAUCAAACCCAAGGGGACACCAAGAGAAUUGUAGGAACAUAUGGAUAUAUGGCUCCAGAGUAUGCAUUGGCAGGUCAAUUUUCUGUAAAAUCUGAUGUUUAUAGUUUCGGGGUCAUCGUCUUGGAGGUGGUUUGUGGCCAGAGGAACAAUUUCUUCUGCCGACAAAAACAUGAAGAGAGAUUACUACACCGUGCAUGGAGGCUUUGGAAUGAGAAUGCUGCACUGGAGUUGGUAGACCCUUUAUUAAAGAACAACUUUUCCAUUGAAGAAGUGAAAAUCUGCAUCCACGUAGGUCUACUUUGCAUACAAGAAGAUGCAACUAAAAGGCCUCGAAUGACCUCGGUUGUUGCUGCAUUGAACGGGCAGUCUGUUACUCUACCUUUGCCUUGCACUCCCCACUUCCUCACAGCUAAUGUUGAAACUGAUGAAGACCAGCAAAUCAUUCAUGGUCAUACCGUUGAUGUAUAUACGGGAUCUGAGAAUAUCACAGAACUCUGUCCUAGAUAAUGCCUCAAAAUGCAGUAUUUAACUUACAAAACACAAAUUGUUAAAGACAGUACCUUGUUUCAUAUGAUUAAUGACAGUACCUUCUUCUAUAUAGUUGUC